ACAUGGAUGGUAAAUGUUACGAUGCAGGCCAGACAUGGAUAUCUGAUUGUGUGCAAUAUACAUGCAUCUUGACCAGCCGUGGUUUCAUGUCACAAGUAUCAGGAAAACUGUGCAAAUUAGAACGGCGAAAAGGUGGAACUAAAUGUUUAAAAGAUGGUGAGACUGGACGGACCGCUCCAUGUGUUAAACGGCAAUGCAAAGUCACUAAGAUGAACGAUGAUUUCGUUACAGAACUUACUCUUCACCCGAAAUUUGGCGGAUGUAUACGCUUCGGUAAGUGUUAUGGUAACGGCCAAUCCAUUACUACUAGAAGAUGCGUGACCAGAACCUGUCGUGUAAAUGAACUUUUUCAGAAAGCAUGGUUUGAAGAAACAGAGAGAGGAUGUAAGUUUGAAGGUAAAUGUUUGAAAGAAGGAGAAAAAGCAACCAGGCGAUGCAUGGAAUUCACUUGUACUAGAAAAUUGGUUCGAAAUAAUAGGAUAAGAAUGGUCAUGAAGAAAACCAACAAAAAUGUAUGUGGUGGAAAAAAACCAGCGAACUACUGAUUAUAAACUUUACCAUGAAACAGAAACAGAAUAUAAGUGUACGACAAAAUUCUUCUGAUUUAUUCUAAAAUUAUGAAGGAUGCAUUUGCCAAACUUUUAUGAAUAUUUGGUACUUUUUUGUGUGAAAAUUCGGCAUGCCAUAUACAAUAAUGAAUCAUAUGUGUUAAAAUACAAAAACACUGAUCCAGAGUUUGUUUAAAUAAGAAUAAUGAAUUUUGGACAACAUCGAAACAUCAAUUGAAAGUGAUUUAUGUGAC